AUGUCAGUGGACAUCAACAAACACAGCCAGAGUUCCACACCGGAGUAUGACCAAAAAAUCAGCAUCAGUGGUGCAACAGGCAUCAUCAUCCCUGUUAAAACCAACAGCCCCAGCAACUACAGUCCCAGCAGCAGCUACAGCCCCAGCAACUGCAGCUCUACAAACAACAGCCCCAGCAACUACAGUCCCAGCAGCAGCUACAGCCCCAGCAACUGCAGCUCUACAAACAACCCCAGCAACUGCAGCUCGAGAAACAACCCCAGCAACUGCAGCUCUAGAAACAACCCCAGCAACUGCAGCUCUACAAACAACCCCAGCAACUGCAGCUCUACAAACAACCCCAGCAACUGCAGCUCUACAAACAACCCCAGCAACUGCAGCUCUAGAAACAACCCCAGCAACUGCAGCUCGAGAAACAACCCCAGCAACUGCAGCUCUAGAAACAACCCCAGCAACUGCAGCUCUACAAACAACCCCAGCAACUGCAGCUCUACAAACAACCCCAGCAACUGCAGCUCUAGAAACAACCCCAGCAACUGCAGCUCUACAAACAACCCCAGCGACUACAGCCACAGAAACAGCCCCAGCAACUACAGCCCCGGCAACUACAGCCCCAGUAGCUACAGCCCCAGCAGCUGUCCCACCAACCGCAGUCCACCCAAAUCCCAUACUGCCAUUACAGCCAGCAGCAGAAACACCAAACUAUACACAAGCUCUUGCAGAGAAAUAUGUUAAGGAUGCUUGGGCAGGAAAAGAUGUUCAUGUCCUCCUGUCCAAAAUAGGGGCAUACAAGUUGAAUUACUGGGACAUUUACAGACUUGGUCCUGACAUGGAGUUGGAAAGCGAGGUACAAUAUUAUUUAACUUUAUUUUUUGCUAUAUAAAUAUGUUUUACAGCUUUACAAGUCAGCUUGAAAACAGUCAGUGUAUUUGUAUGGUAAAAAAGUAUUAUGUUUUGUGGUUUAAUUUUUCUUACAGGUGAUCAAUGCAUAUUUGGCAAUCAUAGUGCGUGAACGAAAUCGCCACAAUCCUGCAAAAGCAGCAUUCAUUGAUUCGUUUGCUAUGACUGCAAUGUGGCAAAGAAGAUCUCAAAGG